ACAGUGUAUUAGUAGUAUUUUAAGCGCUAAAAAAAUUUUUUGUCCGCCAAUUGUUUCAUACGAUUAUUUGACCGCCGAUUUUGUGACCAAAAUAUAUUUUGUUUGUUUACCGAUAACCACAACAACAACAACAAACAGUUUUAUAUUCAUCUAUCAAAUUGAUGGGACAGUUGUCUCGCAAACGUAAGCGUCGGGAUGGCGGCGGCGGCGCUGACGACUCGCCUAAUAAGUCCAAUCGUACAGUGAAUAACACGCGGCCGUCAUCGGCAUCGGCGGCGACUAAGACACGUAUACCGCUGACCACUACUACAACAAUAGUGUCGACACCUAAUACAUCCAUUGAAUUGCCACGUCGUGGCCGUAGUUCGUCGACACCUGUUGUACCCGAUUUGAUGGACGACGACGAUGGCGGCCAACUGAUGGACAAAAGUCCGCCGCCGCCCGAGGAUGAGAUGGACGACAAUAAUGAUGGCAACGAUGCCGUCGACGAUGAUCUCGAAGAACUAAUGCUAUCCCAGAGAUUGCCGUCGCAGGAGAUGAUGGCUGACGACGACGACGACGACGGCAUCGACAACGAUGAAGACAACGACGGGUUUGCCGACGGAUUUAACUAUUCGUUUUGCGAACCAUCGCAUACACAGAUCCAGAGGAAUGUCAGUAAUCUACAAAAAGAAGCGGAAGAGUUGGCCAAAUUGAAUGAACCCGAAUGCGGAACACUAGAGUCGAUAACUUUACAGAAUUUUAUGUGUCAUUCAAAUUUUCAUCUGGACUUUGGUCCGCGAAUUAAUUUCAUUGUCGGCCGUAACGGAAGUGGCAAAAGUGCUAUCUUGACGGCCAUUGUCCUGGUAUUUGGCGGCCGUGCGACGGCUACGGCCCGCGGCAAAGGUGUCCAAUCGUUUAUCAAGAGUGGCGAAUCCGCGGCUAAAAUAAUACUGAAGAUUUGCAACUCAACCGAACGAACCGGUGGUCAGCGCGGGUUCAAAGAGGAACUCUAUGGACAGUCGAUAAUAAUAGAGCGAUCGAUAUCCUUAUCGGCGUCGAGUUAUAAACUAAAGUCUAGUGACGGCCGUGUGGUAGCCGAAGGUCGGGAUGCGUUGAACGAUAUUAUACGCUAUUUUAACAUUCAAGUGGACAAUCCGAUAUGUGUACUGAAUCAGGAAGUUUCCCGUAAUUUUCUGAAUACAAAAAACUCGAGAGACAAAUACCAGUUCUUUAUGCGGGCGACACUACUCGAAGAUAUGAAGAAUGAUUAUGCAAACAGUGAAGAACAACGACUGUCGUCGGAACAGAAACUGAUGGACAAGAAAAAGAUAAUACCGAUGACUGCCAAAGACAUCCAGGAUUUGGAACGAAAAGUUAAAUUGUUUAACCAAUUGGAGAAUCAGAGGGAAAAGUUUCUUCAGUUGAACAACGAAGCCAUUUGGUCGCUGGUCUACGAACAGAAACAAUCGGUUCAAUUGGUUCGCAAUGAAGUGGAAAAAUUGGACAAACGAUUGUCGGCCGAACAGAAGAAGUUGACCGAAUCGACUGAACGAUUGGAUGAGUUGCGUCGGAAAGAGACGGAAUGUAUGGAACAGUCUAAUAGUUUGUUUGAAAAUACGAAUAAAGCAAACGAACUGAAAGAUGAUUAUCGGCGCCGACUGUUGGCCAUCAAAGAAGAACUACAGGCGACUGAGGCCCGAGAUCGUGGACUGAGGACCGAAAUUAUUAGCAUUAAUAACGAUAUUAAGGCAUUGCAACAGAAAAUCGAAGAACUUGAACAACAAUACAGUAAUGAAAGUCAUACGAAACGUAAGUUAGAUAUUCAGAAAUUGCGGGAAAAUAUCGACGAAUUGAAUACGAAAGAGCAGUCACUGGUCGACAGUAUUCAAGAGUUUAACGAAUCGGUUCAACAAUUGACCGAAGAAGGUCUACGGCAUACGCAAGACGAUCGUCAACUGAAAUCGAUGAUCGACGGCAAGCGGCGGGAUAUGGAACGGCUGAAAGGCUCGCGYAAUGAYCGGCUGAGUCGKUUCGGGCCACAGUUUUCCGAACUGGUCCGCCGUAUCGACGAUAGCCAUAAGCGAGGACUAUUCAAACAYCGGCCGUUGGGUCCGAUUGGCUAUCAUCUGCAGCUAACCGACUAUCGGUGCGCAUUGGCCGUCGAAAUGUGUCUGAAAGGACUGAUCUAUGGUUUCUGUUGCGACAAUAUGGACGAUAAACGCCAAUUGGAUAAGAUUUUCCAGCAAGUAUUUCGCGGCCAAUCGCGUAUGCCGUCGAUAAUCACCCGACCGUUUGGACUGCAUGACGUCGACCGUCAUCGGGUCCGACAUCCGACAUACAAAAGUUUUUACGAUCUAAUUAAAGUCAAAGAGACACCAAUAGCCAACUGUCUCAUUGAUCAGUUCCGUAUCGAACAGAUACUAUACGUACCCGACUAUAACUCWGCCCGCGAUCUGAUGUUAACCUCACCGCCGGCUAACUGUUUCCAGACGUAUACAGAGGACGGCGCUGUUAUGUAUCCGCAAACCGAGGAUCAAGAUUUCAAAACAUAUGCCAACAAUAAUCGCCAAUCGGUUAAAGUAUUGGUCAAAAGUGUCGAUGAAAUGAUACAACGAUUUAGCGCUGAAAUCGACGACUUGGCCCGAAAAGAGCGCGGCGUUCAGGAACUGGUCGAUCGAAAUCGACAGGAAAUUACGGGUAAACGAGAAGAAUUAGCUCGUAUUGAACAACAAAAACGUCAGACCAGACGUGAUUUAGUGGRCCAGCAGUCGGAACURCAGCGACUGGAAUCSAUWGGUGAUUCGCCGCCCGUUGAAGUGUCAACAUUGGAAGAAUCGUUACAACAGAGUACGGAUAAGAAAUCUGAAUUAGAUUUAUGUCUCGAAGAGAUUAGGGAUGAAAAGGAACGGCUAGCGAACCAAUACCAAGAACUGGAUGACGAAUAUCGACUGCGRAAAACCGAAUACGAAGAUCUGUUGGCAUCRMGWCAUCCGCUAAAAGAAAGUCUAGAAAAAUGCAAAAGCGAUAUCCGUACGCAUCAGACAGCGCUGAACGAGUUCCAGAAGAAGGUCAAGGAUACGGAAUCGCUGAAGACUGAAGAGGAAACUAGAUUGGCAGUCAAAGAGUCCGAAUACGAAGAUUUCGAGCGGCAAGCACUGGCCAAAACUGGUCAACCGGUACGAACCCGCCGAUCAUCGAAGACCGUACAGAUCGAGAUCAGACAGUURCAGCAAUUUCUGGCCGAACAGGAGACCACUAUCGGCAAUAAGGAWCAAAUCUAUCGACAAUACAAAGACCUGAGUCAACAGUUUCGUCGUAUCAAACAAGACGUUCACACYAUUGAAACGAAUUUGAUUCGACUAAAAGAAUCGYUGAAUCUUCGCCGACGCGGUUAUGUCGAACUGCGGUCAUUCUAUUCGGUAAUUACACAGUUUUUUUUCAUGGAUGUACUCCAGCACAAGGGGUUUACCGGUUCCCUCGAUAUCUAUCAUCAAAACAAAGAAGUAAAUGGUGAACAAAAAAAAGCUAAAACCUURGAAAUACGGGUCAAUCCGAAAGCAUCGGCAACGGCUGAUAGCCAGUGUAGUAGUACACAACUGUCCAGUACGUCGUCGAGUACGUACAGCGAUACCCGAUCGCUAUCGGGUGGCGAACGUUCCUAUUCGACGGUAGCYUUCAUACUGGCCUUGUGGGAGUCGGCACACUCGCCGUUCAAAAUAUUGGAUGAAGUGGACGUUUUCAUGGAUUUGGUUACCCGUAAGAUAUCGUUGGACGCUAUGAUCGAGUUUGCGUCRUCGAAAUGCGGSAAACAAUUUAUAUUUCUAUCGCCAUUGAAACUACAGAACCUACCGAACCCCGACCUAAUCAAAGUGUUUCAAAUGCCCGAACCUAAGCGUAAUUCAAGCGAUUGAUUUGAUUUGAUUUGAUUUGAUUUGAUUG